CUCCUCGUCAAGUGCACCCCAGCUCAACGUAAAGCAAUUUUGAAAGCAGCCGACGACGCUUUAGUAAGAACCAUUUGUGAGUGUGUAUUCAACGUACUUAAAGAAACAGUGCCUGUCAGUAAACCGGCAAAGAGAAAACUUCUUAAGCACAAGAAAGCCUUGACUGCUCUAGCUGAAAAGAGUACCCCGCUAAACAAGAAAAAGCAAAUCUUGGUACAACACGGAGGAAACUUUUUAAGUGUUUUGGUACCUCCCGUUCUUCGAGUGUCGAGCUCGCUUCUUAGUUAAGAUGAAUCAUACAAGACGCAUGGUUCUUGUCCCUGAAAACACUCUGGAACGAUUGCGGCAACGCCAGCAGAUAUUAACACCACCUGUAACACAAACUCUGAAAAAUCUGGAUAGCCAAAUGGGGGAUAUUUUAGAAAGUAAACAAUUCGGUGAUGAGGAAAAGGCGAAGCUUUACAAUCAGGUGUUGCAACGGUACUUGACUUAUUACGAUCAGCGGAAAGGUCAGCCUCUCCAUGUGAAGUUAACGACCCCUAAAACAACAGAAACCCCCAAACCAGUUGAGAACGCAGAAUCUACAGAGGAAGCUUCUCCAGAUAAUUCUCUUCCAACAGCAGUAGAGCAAGAGGUCAUGAAAAGUGUACCCAAAAUUUACAAAGCUGGGGCUAGACAGUUGUUGGAUAAAAUUAAAAAACACCAGGACGUGUUGCACUGGAAUGAUAAAGGAGAGCUGUUGUAUGAAAACAAACCAAUCCCCAACCUCGUUCCCAGGGUUCUCUCCUACCCACCCUACGGAGCGAGAGAGAGAGAGAACCUGGAAAACGCUGGUCACGUUGCUCCGGAACAAAAUUAAUUCUGAGGGAGGAGUCCUUUGUCUCACAUUGUUUUGUCUGGUUUAUUCGCAACAUUCACGCAGUGAUCGCAACAGCAAGAUAGAUUUGCUAACCCUACUACAACUACAACUGAAACUAAGGAAAACUUCUGCCUAAACAGAAGUAUCAGAUAAACAAGUGAAUUACCAGAGAAGGAAUAGAAAACUAGCGUUGUCUCCGUUUUAACCGAUGACACCAAUCGCUAAAAAUCUUGAGUUAUACACAAGCGAGUUAAUUUUUUGAAGGUAAAAUCCCUGUAUGUUGAACUUCUAUAUUAAUAUUUUCAAUGUUAGUCUGACAGCGGCUGGUAAUCGGGCGAAAUAAACCUACACCAUUUGCGAUCUUAGCGUUUCGGCGUGACAAACCCCCGGGAAAAAACAUGGCAGUUACAUUGAGAGCAGGGAAUUCAGUUAAUACAUUUACGAUCAAAGUAAUAUCUUAGAUCUAGUGACUUCACGGAAAGCUAUAGCCUAAAAUGUCAGCUAGAGUCUCUCUCUCUUGCUCCGUAGGGCGGGUAGGAGAGAACCCUGGGAACGAGGUUGACCAAUCCCAGGUUCUCAUGUGGUCGACCUAGUCAACGACACAUUGCGUCACCGAAAAGGAUUUGAACCAGUGCGGUGGUCCGUGUUUGCGAGGGGCCUGGCGCGAAUGAAUGUCCCCGAAAACUUGGUUCGUAAUCCCCAACGUCAGAGUGCCAUAAGAGAAUUUAAAGCAAGAGUGAGAGAGGAGACCCCAGAAAUUCCUUCGCGUUGGCUACCCACCCCACCUGUGACGUUAUCUUCUGUCAAAAAUCAGAGGCGUAGAGUCGAGAGUCCUCGCCCUCAGGCUGUUCGAUGGUUACGAUUAUAA